AUGCAUAAUCCAAAAGCAUGGAUUACGAAGAUGCUGACCUCCAACUGGUUCCACCAGUGUUUUAUCCCACAAGUCAGUAAAUAUCUCUUAGAGAAGGGCUUGCCAUUUAAGAUCCUUCUCCUUAUGGAUAACGCUGGUGGACACGCAACUGAUCUGUCGCAUGAGGGCAUUCAGGUUGAGUUCCUGCCACCCAACACAACGUCAUUAAUUCAACCGAUGGACCAGGGGGUUAUCAGGGCGUUCAAGGCCCUCUACACGAAGAAUACCUUCGCGGACCUCGUUGCGUGUGUGGAUGCUGCCCAAGAUGAUGAGGAUGAAACAUUCAAUUUGAAGGCGUACUGGCGGCAGUACACAAUAGCCACGUGCCUGCAGAACAUCCAAAAGGCACUGAAAGAAAUGAAACCUGCUACUGUUAAUGCGAGCUGGAAGAAGUUGUGGCCCCAGAUUGUUUACGAUGACAAGGGAUUUACACCUGCUGAGAUUCAACACUCUGCAAUACGGAAAUCUGUGCAGUUGGCUGCGAUAAUUGGAGGUGACGGGUUUGGUGACAUGACGACUGAAGACGUCGACGAGUUAUUGGACUGCCAUUCCCAGCCGCUCGAAGACUUGACGAAAUCGGCCAGUGACGAAGACAGUGAAACACAGGAAGAGACCCAAGAAAUUGUCGAAGAAACGGGCUUAACAUUAGAACGGCUUGCCAAGCUCUGCAACCUUGCGAAGGAGUUGAAAGAAUUGUCGCAAGAGUGGGAGGAGGAUAUGGUUCGUUCUCUGCAAUUCUGCAACAAAAUCGACGAAGACAUGACUCCCUACAGGAUGCUCUUCGAGCAAAAAAAGAAGCAGCGGCAGCAACUUCCGAUCACAAUGUUCUUCCAGCCUCGCAAAAAAGAGCCAGUUCCUCCUGCUACUAUGCCUUUGGAAGAAAUUGAAGAAGUGUCCCAGGAAGAAGUUGAAGAGGUGUCCCAGGAAAAGACACCUCCGUCUGAAGAGACGUAA